GCAGCGUCCGCGCCCGGCGCUGCCUCUCCUCAGUCUCGGGGCCCGGCGGGCGGCGGCGGCGGCGGUGUGGGCGGCGGCAGUGUGUUUUAACUCAAAUGGGUGAUGAAAAGGACUCUUGGAAAGUGAAAACUUUAGAUGAAAUUCUUCAGGAAAAGAAGCGUAGGAAGGAGCAAGAAGAGAAGGCAGAGAUAAAACGCAUAAAAAAUUCUGAUGAUCGAGACUCAAAGCGAGAUUCCCUUGAGGAGGGGGAGCUGAGAGAUCACCGCAUGGAGAUAACGAUCCGGAAUUCCCCCUAUAGGCGAGAAGAUUCUAUGGAAGAUAGAGGAGAGGAAGAUGACUCCUUGGCUAUCAAACCACCACAGCAAAUGUCCCGGAAGGAAAAAACCCACCACAGGAAAGAUGAAAAGAGGAAAGAAAAGCGUAGACACCGAAGCCAUUCGACAGAAGGGGGGAAGCAUGCCAGGGUGAAAGAGAAGGAACGAGAGCAUGAGCGGCGGAAGCGGCAUCGCGAGGAGCAGGAAAAGGCUCGACGCGAGUGGGAGAGGCAGAAGCGGAGGGAGAUGGCCCGGGAGCACUCCAGGAGAGAGAGGCAUAUGAUUGCUUCCAGGGACCGCCUUGAACAACUGGAGCGCAAACGGGAGCGGGAGCGGAAGAUGAGGGAGCAGCAGAAAGAGCAGAGGGAACAGAAGGAGCGGGAAAGGCGAGCUGAGGAGAGGCGCAAAGAACGAGAAGCACGGCGAGAAGUGUCUGCCCACCACCGGACCGUGAGGGAAGACUACGGAGACAAGGUGAAAGUGAGCCACUGGAGCCGCAGCCCGUUACGGCAGCAGCGGGAACGAUUCGAGCAAGCGGACAGCAGGAAGCCAGUGAAGGAGGAGCGGCCCGAAGAGAGAGACCCCCUCUCCGACCUGCAGGAUGUGAGCGACAGCGAGAGGAAAACAAGUUCAGCCGAAUCUUCCUCAGAAUCUGGAUCGGGCUCCGAGGAAGAAGAGGAAGAAAGUAGCAGCGAGGAGUCGGAGGAGGAGGAGGAAGAGGAAGAGGAGGAGGAGGAAGAAGAGGAGGAGGAAGAGGAGGAGACGGGCAGCAAUUCUGAGGAAGCCUCAGAGCAGUCUGCCGAGGAAGUGAGUGAGGAAGAAAUGAGCGAUGAAGAGCGAGAGAAUGGAAACCACGUCUUAGUUGUUCCAGAGUCAAGAUUUGACCGGGAUUCGGGAGAGAGUGAGGAAGGCGAGGAAGAGGUGGGAGAGGUGACUCCCCAGUCCACUGCCAUGACGGAGGGAGAUUAUGUUCCCGACUCUCCGGCCGCCUCACCCGUCGAACUACAGCAGGAGCUCCCCAAGUACCUCCCUGCGCUGCAGGGCUGUCGCAGUGUGGAGGAAUUUCAGUGUCUCAACCGAAUCGAGGAAGGGACCUAUGGGGUGGUCUACAGGGCCAAGGACAAGAAAACCGAUGAGAUUGUGGCCUUGAAGCGACUGAAAAUGGAGAAGGAGAAAGAAGGUUUUCCCAUCACAUCUCUCCGGGAAAUCAACACCAUUCUAAAGGCCCAGCACCCCAACAUUGUCACAGUCCGGGAGAUCGUGGUGGGCAGCAACAUGGAUAAGAUCUACAUAGUGAUGAACUACGUGGAGCACGAUCUCAAGAGUCUGAUGGAAACAAUGAAGCAGCCGUUCCUACCAGGGGAGGUGAAAACCCUCAUGAUUCAGUUACUGCGGGGAGUCAAGCAUCUCCACGACAACUGGAUACUGCACCGCGACCUCAAGACCUCCAACUUGCUCCUCAGCCACGCCGGCAUCCUAAAGGUGGGGGACUUUGGCCUUGCACGGGAGUACGGGUCUCCCCUGAAGGCCUACACACCGGUUGUUGUGACACUGUGGUACCGGGCCCCAGAACUGCUGCUGGGCGCUAAGGAGUACUCCACUGCCAUCGACAUGUGGUCAGUGGGCUGUAUAUUUGGGGAGCUGCUGACGCAGAAACCGCUCUUUCCAGGAAAGUCCGAAAUCGACCAGAUCAACAAGGUGUUUAAGGACCUGGGCACGCCAAGCGAGAAGAUCUGGCCCGGCUACAACGAGCUGCCGGCGGUGAAGAAGAUGACGUUCACCGAGUAUCCCUACAACAACCUGCGCAAGCGUUUCGGGGCCCUCCUCUCCGACCAGGGAUUCGACCUCAUGAACAAGUUCCUGACCUACUACCCUGGGAGAAGGAUCACCGCCGAGGACGGCUUGAAGCACGAGUAUUUCCAAGAGACGCCCCUGCCCAUCGACCCAUCCAUGUUCCCCACGUGGCCUGCCAAGAGUGAGCAGCAGCGGGUGAAGCGGGGGACCAGCCCCCGCCCGCCGGAGGGUGGCUUAGGCUACAGCCAGCUGGGGGACGAUGACCUCAAGGACACGGGCUUCCACCUCACCACCACCAACCAGGGGGCUUCUGCUGCCGGGCCGGGCUUCAGCCUCAAGUUCUAAACCAGAGGCUGACCCGGGAUGUGACGUGGACUGGGGCCUGCUGCCAGGGGUGGGACCGACGGUCAUUUCCGCUCACGGCUGCGCUACCCCCACCUCCCUACGCCCCCCCUCUCCCCCCAUGACACCGGGGAGCCUUAGGGCGGGGGCCUGAGCUCAGCCGGUUAGCCCCAGGACACUCUUGGGCCUUUACUGCUGGUUUUCUUCCCUCCCCAUCUUUUUCUGAGCUCGUACCACUUGGAGUGAAAUUCCAUUUUCCCUACCGAGUGUCAGGGAAGGGGAGGGCCACGUCUUGGGUGGGCCCAGCUCUUCCCCAGAAAUGGGCCCUGCGGAAACCUGCCAUGUUCAACCCGGGUCUUAGCGGCCUUGGCAGGGUCAGUGACGUGCUGGGGUACCGUGAACCCUGGCCCCAUCAUCCCAGACGGGCGCUACUGUAGGAGAGCAAUGGCUGUGGGAGAGGGGCAGGGGUUGGUGGGGGUGGUCAGAGGAGCCCUUCCACUUCCCACCUGACCCUUAGCGUACCCAAACCCUCCCUCCCCUUCCCACGUGUCCGGCCCAACGCAGGAAUCGUCUCACUGUUUUCUACAACUUGGAGCCUCUUUUGUAGCGGGGACCCCAGACUGUGUGGGAGGAGCAGGGGGUACCUGCUUCCCUGUCGAAAGGGGUCCGGAGCCACGGGGAGCAGUUUUGUAUAUUAAGAUUGUCAUAAAUUUUAAAAUAGAGUAAAAUAUUCUUGGAGGAAAACUUCACCAUGUGUGUGGUAGCUGGACCUCAGAGAGCAGACACCCUGUCCCCUGGCUCGGUGCGGCAAAGGGGCACAUCAGGGCAUGGUGGCACAGAGGGUGGUGGGAAAGGUACCUGAGAAGCCCAGUUAGAAAGCCCCCUGCUUCCCCCUUCCUGAGGCAAAGAGGGUGUAUGGGCAGGGGGUAUUGUGAAAAGACUUCUGCAACUUGUUGCUGGUGCCAACUGAUUGUAGAGAAGUAGCACGAUGGACCCGGCGGGAGCCGAGCACUAUUUUUCAUGCCUCACAGCAGCCACAUGUCCACAGCAAGCCCUCCAGCCCACACAGGCACAGAGGAAGCAUGGGUGCGUGGGGAUGACCCGACCCAGGCGUGGUCCUCCCACGGGUUGACCCCCUUCAGCAGCAGGAGUCCACCCUGGCCUUAUUGGGGUGUAAGUGGGGGGUGGGCCCAGUGCCAGAGUGCUGUUCUGGAGAAAAGGCUCCAGUCCCACUGCCACGUGGGAGCCUGCACCGGCCAGCCGGAGGGAGGUGCUGGAGAUGGAGGAAGGGAAGGGAAGCACAUUUCUGGGCAGACGGGGCCCGGGGCCAGCCGAUAACCUAAUGUAAACUCCCAUCAGAGCAACGUCAUGUUCUCCCAGGAAUCCCCCCUUGGGUCACGGCCCCAAGAGAAUGUCUUGGCACCAAGAGAAUGUCUCAACACUGCA